AUGAAUACCAAGUCACCCUCUGCGGCGACGGCGGCCAGCGCCCCAUCCGCAGUUUCGCCCGACCACGGGCCGAGAAAGGUUUCAUCUUCCAACCGGCCGGCGGUUAAAAACGAUCACAACAGCAGACGCGCGCACAGCAAGUCACCUUCCUCAUCCUCCGCCUCCGCACCGCGCUCCCGCGUCGUCUACGGCCCUGGUACCAUUGUCCGCCUACCCAACGAGCUCGCUCGUCUGCACUUGACGUCGCCGCUCAUCGUCGUCAGCCCCUCGCGCAUGGCCACUGCUCGCCACAUCCAGGCCCUCAUCCCCAAUCUCGACUCGCACCUUCUCGAUUCCGCCCUCGUCAAUGUAAAAGCCCACAUCGUCGACGACGCCAUCGAGAGGGUGACGGAGCGAGACUGCGUCAUCAGCGUCGGUGGCACCUCUGCCGUUGGACUUGCUCGCGCCAUCAGCAUCCGCAAAGCCAUCCCUCACAUAUGCAUUCCCACCACUUAUAGCGGCUCCGAAGUUCUCCAUCUCUUCGAUUGUGAUGUUCCGAUUCCGACCGGUCAGCCGGAUGGCGGUGCUGGCAGCGCCGCUGCAUCAAGACGUCCUAGCAUUAGCAGGCGUAGCAUCGGCAGCCCGCCGAGCGAUGCUAGGAGCCGCACCAGCGGUAGUAAACACAGCUCAAGACAGAGUGUCGUGAGCGUCGCCAGCCAAAAUGCGAAACAACGAGUCAAACCCGCCGUCAUCAUCUACGACGAAGAACUCACAGCUUCUGUUUCCAAACGCAUCCUCAUCCCCGCCAAUACUACAGGUCGUCAGCAGUGGCCCGACGAUGGCCAAAGCCCUCCCUCCAAAUGGAGCUUCAUGCAGCUGCCAGGCCUAUGA